AGUUUGCAGCUCACUUGAGAUGCAGUUCCUCCAAGGUGUCUGCAGGACAGGCUGCAGGAACUGUCUUAACAUUUUAGUGUUUGACUGUUAGUGCUUCUGCCACACAGCUGAGCGAUUACAUGGAGGAGCUGAGACGGACUGGAAGCUGAACCAAAGAGAAACAUUGAGGAGGGGAGUGACCCCUGGCAGCUGAUGUCAAUCUGCCUUCUUAUUGGCUUGAGUGAUGGCGGUCAGCAAGGAGAAGCUGGAAAGAGGCAGGAAGGUGUUGGAGGUCACAACCCCACCAGAAGGAGGCUGGGGUUGGAUGAUUGUGGCUGGAUGUUUUCUUGCCACUAUCUGCAUCCGGGCAGUGACCAGAUGUGUUUCCAUGUUCUUUGUGGAGUUCCAGCUUCACUUUGGGAAAGACUAUUCAACAACCGCCUGGAUCCACAGUCUGGUUGACUCCACCACCAUGCUCUGUGCUCCUCUUGGGAGUUUCCUUGGCAAUCGUCUUUCCUGCAGAUCUACAGUGAUCCUGGGAGGUCUGCUGUCCUCUACCGGUCUAGUCCUCAGCUCCUUUGCAUCCUGUCUGGAGCAUCUCUACAUCUCAAUGGGCAUCAUCACAGGUCUUGGCUUUGCUCUCAGCUACACACCAGCUGUUGCAAUGGUUGGGGGGUACUUCAGGGAGAGGAAAGCUCUGGCCUAUGGAAUUGCCCUGUCUGGUAAUGGCAUCGGGACUUUUGUCUUGGCCCCGGCAGUCCAGCUUCUUAUUGAGCUUUACUCCUGGAGAGGAGCUCUGCUUGUCCUUGGAGGAUUUGUUUCAAACCUGUGUGUCUGUGGUGCCCUGAUGAGGCCACUGGUACCAAGAGGAGGUAAAAGGCUGCAGGGAAAAAAUGAGUCAAACUUGGAAAAGGACUGCACAACAACAAUGCUGGAUACCAAAGACACGCAAAAAGAGCCAACCCUAGGGGAGACCAAACUGUCCAGACCAGAAAAUGGCAGCACAAUUGAUGACUUUAAAACGGUGGAAUUUAUGAAUAUGAAGAACAAGGCAGCUGAUAUUAAACCACAAACAGAGGUUUCGGGACUUAUAGAGAAAAAAAACUUGGACCCUCAUGUUUUGGGUGACUCUAGCCCUUCCACUGAGGCUUUACUGAACACAAAAACUCCUUCCAAAGGUCGUUUUGUCUGCCUUCAGUCCACUCAGGACUUUGGAUUUCUUCUGUUACCCGACUUCUUGUUUCUGUCUGUGUCCCUCCUGUUCCUUGCUUAUGGUUGCAGCACUCCAGUAGUUUACCUGGUUCCCUAUGCCCUCAGUGUGGGAGUUGGGUAUCAGCAGGCUGCCUUCCUCAUGUCCAUAUUUGGAGUCAGUGGCAUUGUGGGUAACAUCACCUUCGGAUGGAUCAGUGACAGGAAGUAUCUAAAGAAGUAUCGCAUGCUGACCUACAUGGUGGCAAUUGGCAUGGAGGGCCUCUGCUGUAUGUGCCUCCCCCUCUUUAACUCCUUCUCCUUUCUGGUCGCAUUUUGUAUUCUCUAUGGGUACUUUGAUGGAGCCUAUGUAGCACUCAUCCCUGUUGUAACCUCUGAUGUUGUGGGCUCCAACUACCUGACCUGUGCACUGGGUGUGGUCUAUUUCCUGCAUGCUGCGCCAUACUUGGUCAGCCCACCAAUAGGAGGUUGGUUUGUAGAUAAAACAGGAAACUACACAGCCACCUUCUUCAUCAGUGGGACUUCCUUCAUGAUCAGCUCUGUGGUCUUAGCAGCUGGCAUGCUAGUCAAACACUGCCAGAGGAAAAGGUCUAACUCUGCUUCAGCUCAGCACAGCCUCAUAUGACAAAAAAGAUUCAUCUACAUCUGCCAGGUGUUCAUCACUUGUGACGUAGAAAAGGUGCAACUGUUACAUACCUCAUGUGUCAUGGUGUGUUUUGGACACAAGAUUUUAAGGCUCAAAAAGAGGAGAGCCAGGUGGAACAAAGCUUUCAGACUCUGUGCCUUUUUACAGACGAAAAAAAGUUGACUUUGAGGCAAAGCGAAUUACUUGUAAUAGCUUGUUUAUUUUUAUUUUUUUCUUUCUUUCCUGAAAUUGAAUUUGAACCAACAGAAUUCCAAUCAUCUCUUUGAAUUUUAUUGUGCAAUUUAACCAUAUUAAGUGUUAUUUGUUAUGAUAAAUUGAAUUGGUUCAAUGUUUUCUAUCACUGUACAUUUAAGUCAUAAAUUACAGAAACAAUCUUCAAAACAUGGAAGACAUCUCAGUUAGUCUACCAUGAACCUAUGUCAGGGAACUUUGGUGGUACAAGAUUGUUCAAGACCCUCACCCACUGCUUUGCCGUGAUAUUGCAGACAUCCAACAAUCUGUGGGAUUCAUUAAACAAACAAUGCAUAAAGCUUUAUAUGAUUAUAUAUAUACUGUUUAUGUAUAUAUAUAUACAAUGGGAGAUGGUGGCAGGUCCACCAUCAUUGGAGAAUUAAAGAGAAAUCUAAUGCUGCAAUUAAACAGUUUCUGCUAAACUAGCUGUUUCUGAUUUACAUUUGGAUAUAUAGUCAACCUCUGUUGCAGACUGUUUGGUUUUAUAACAGCAAGUUUAACUUUUGUGACUCUUCAAUAAAACUUCUAUGAAAAUA